AUGGCUCUCCUAGGCCGCCAAAGGCUACAUACUUCGCCAUUCCUCUCCCUCGUGAUCCUCCCGUUCCUCGUCUUCCUCCUGAGUUUCGCGGGUCCAGCUUCCGCCGCUGGAUCAGCAGUUCUCGGCCUCGAUGUCGGUACAGAAUACUUUAAAGCAACAUUAGUCAAACCGGGUAUCCCUCUCGAGAUCGUGCUCAGCAAAGACUCGAAGCGCAAGGAAGCCGCUGCUAUCGCAUUCAAGCCCACACGAGACUCUUCUGCGGCUUUCCCGGAACGGUUCUACGGUGGUAAUGCGCUGGCCCUGGCGGCUCGCUACCCGGAUGACGUCUACAUCAACCUGAAGACGCUGUUGGGCGUGCCUUUUAAUGACGGAAAUGAUGACACGGUUAAGAACUACUGGAGCCGGUAUCCAGCUUUGAAAAUGGAGAGUGCCCCCGACGGCCGCGGUUCUGCUGCCCUUCGCAGCAAUCGACUUGGCGAGGCAGAGAGGAAGGACGCGUUUUUAGUCGAGGAGAUUCUGGCCAUGCAGUUGAAGCAGGUCAAGGAGAAUGCUGAUACACUGGCUGGAAAGGGCUCUGAUGUUCGGGAUGUGGUGAUUACUUAUCCCGCUUUCUACACCGCGGAGGAGAAGCGGAGUCUUGUGUUGGCGGCGGAGCUGGCGGGUCUUAAGAUUGAAGCGCUUGUCAGUGAUGGCUUGGCUGUUGGUUUGAACUACGCCACUUCCCGCAGAUUCCCUAGCGUUACCGACGGAGAGAAGCCCGAGUAUCACGUCGUCUUCGAUAUGGGCGCUGGCUCAACCACUGUCAGCGUUUUACGGUUCCAGAGCCGUCAGGUCAAGGACGUUGGCCGCUUCAACAAGACUAUUCAGGAAGUUCACGUUCUUGGAGCUGGUUGGGACAAGACCCUCGGAGGUGACUCGCUCAAUGAUCUCAUCGUUGACGACAUGGUCGCCAAGCUAGUCGAGGACAAGAAGCUCAAGGACAAGGUCACUCCAGAGCAGGUCAGGGCGCACGGAAAGACAAUGUCGCGUCUGUGGAAGGAUGCGGAGAAGAUCCGACAGGUUCUGAGUGCCAACUCGGAAACAUCUACUAGCUUCGAAGGUCUUUAUGACGAUGAAUUGAACUUCAAGUACAAGAUCACCCGUGCAGAUUUCGAGAAGAUGGCCGAUAAACAUGCGGCUCGCGUUGGUGUUCCUCUGGAGCAAGCUCUCGAGGCGGCUAAGCUGAAGCUUGACGAUAUUGACUCCGUGGUCUUGCACGGUGGAGCUAUCCGAACUCCGUUUGUUCAAAAGCAAUUGGAGAAGGUUGUUGGCUCAUCCAAGAAGCUUCGGACCAACGUUAACGCCGAUGAGGCCGCCGUCUUUGGUGCUGCAUUCAAGGGUGCCGCUCUCAGCCCCAGCUUCCGGGUCAAGGACAUCCGUGCCCAUGAUGCGGCUAGCUACCCUGUUGUCCUGAAGUGGACCUCUGAUAGCAAGGAGCGCAACCAGAAGCUCUUCACCUCUACUUCCCAAGUUGGCCCGGAGAAGCAGGUGACUGUCAAGAACCUCGACGAUUUUGAGCUCAGCUUCCACCAGCUGGUUGGGCAAAAAGAACAGCCCGUUUUGAGCGUGCAGACCCAGAAUCUGACCGCAUCAGUGGCCAAGCUAAAGGAUAGCUUUGGCUGCUCGGCUGCGAACAUCACCACUAAGUUUGCAAUUCGCCUCAGCCCUGUGGACGGCCUUCCAGAAGUGACCGGUGGCAGUGUGAGCUGUGAAGUCGAAGCCGAAAAGAAGGGAAUUGUGGAAGAUGUCAAGGGCUUCUUCGGUCUUGGCUCCAAGAAGGACGAGCAACAAGUUCUUGGUGAGGAUGGCGAACCCGCUGAAUCUAUCACCCUUGAGUCUGGAGCAGAGUCAUCCACCUCGUCUGCCAGUGACUCAACUGCCACUCCUGCUACCAAGGAGGCCAAGGGAACGCCCAACACUAAGAUUGAGAUCAUCCCGAUCGCUUUGAAGUCCACGUCCCUUGGAACUAAGGCUCCCUCGGCCUCCGAACUGACCCGCAUUCGUGCUCGUCUGGCUGCGUUCGACGCCUCGGACCGUGAGCGUGUUUUGCGCGAAGAAGCUUUGAAUGAGCUCGAGUCUUUUAUCUACCGCAGCCGUGACCUCAUUGAGGGCGAAGAGCUCGUGAAUGCCCUCAAGCCGGAUCAGUUGACCAUCCUCCAGGACAAGGUUUCCAAGGCCAGCGACUGGCUGUACGAAGACAGUGACAACGCGCACACCGCAGACUUCAAGGCGAAGCUGAAGGAUUUGAAAGCAAUUGUUGACCCCGCCCUCAAGCGUAUCAAGGAGGCUUCCUCGCGCCCUGCGCGUGUGGAACUACUCCAGGAGAUGCUGAAGAACGCCGAGUCCAUGAAGUCGCUCAUCGAAAGCCAAAUCGCAAUUGAUGAGGCUGCCUACUCCUCUUCUCUCUCGGCUUCCAAUACCGCCACGGUCGAAGAUUCCGAAACCGUCUCCGCUAGCACACCUUCUGCAGCCCCCUCCGAUGACCCUCUGGAUGACCUCGACGAUGACGCAUACUCGACUUCCAGCAAAAAGACCUCCACCAAGUCUUCCGCCGCUGCAAAGCCCACUGGCCCCAAAUACACGCUCUUCACCCCCUUCGACCUCACCUCCUUGAACCAGGUUUACGAGUCCACCAAGCCCUGGCUCGAGACUCAGCUAGAGCUUCAGAAUAAGCUCACCGAGUCAGACGACCCCGCAUUGACAGUCGUGGAGAUUGACUCCCGUCUGCGUGAGUUCGAGCGUAUCCUCAACCGCAUGUACGAGCGCAUGACUGUGGCCGCUGGAAAGGAUCAGAAGAGCAGUGGCAGUGGCAAGAAGUCUAAGAAGGAGAAGUCUGAUGAGAAGACUAAAAGCAAGGCUAAGGGUAAGGAGCAGGAGAAAGAGACAAAAGAAGAUGAUCGGAAGGAUGAACUCUGA